ACCCGGAUUGUUCCGCGUCUUCCGAAUUUUUGAUCGCGAGGCUAUAAGAAGCGAAUUUUUUUUGCCAACACACUUGUUUCUUUACCUCUACGGUUCACCUUCCCAAAACUCCCCUCUCACUUUUUAUUCUUCCUUUUCUCCCUCAAAAAUGGCUGCAGUCAAGAAGGGAAAGACUCCUCAGGAUUUUGCCAUCGACUUCAUGAUGGGUGGUGUGUCUGCUGCUGUCUCGAAGACUGCUGCGGCUCCCAUUGAGCGUAUAAAGCUCUUGAUUCAGAACCAGGAUGAGAUGAUCAAGCAAGGUCGUCUCUCCCACCCAUAUAAGGGUAUCUCCGACGCCUUCAAACGUACCAGCGCCGACGAGGGUGUUCUUUCUCUAUGGAGAGGUAACACUGCCAAUGUCAUUCGGUACUUCCCAACCCAAGCCUUGAACUUUGCUUUCAAGGACUACUUCAAAUCGCUCUUCGGUUUCAAGAAGAACGAGGGUUACUGGAAGUGGUUUGCUGGAAACAUUGCUUCCGGUGCCGGUGCUGGUGCUUCAUCCCUUCUUUUCGUGUACUCCCUCGACUACGCCCGUACUCGUCUCGCCAACGACGCAAAAUCCGCCAAGGGUGGAGGGGAACGUCAAUUCAACGGCCUGGUGGAUGUUUACCGCAAAACCAUUGCUUCUGAUGGUGUUGCAGGUCUCUACCGUGGAUUCGUUCCUUCAGUCGUCGGUAUCGUUGUCUACCGUGGUCUUUACUUUGGUCUCUUCGACUCUCUUAAGCCUGUUGUUCUCGUCGGUCCUUUCGAAGGUUCUUUCCUCGCCGCUUUCGCUCUUGGAUGGGUUGUCACCAACGCUGCUGGACUUGCUUCCUACCCUCUUGACACUAUUCGUCGUCGUAUGAUGAUGACCUCCGGUACUGGUCAGAAAUACGCGUCCAUGUUCGACGCUGGAAGACAGAUUGUUGCUAAGGAGGGUACUGCUUCAUUGUUCAAGGGUGCUGGUGCCAACAUCCUUCGUGCUGUCGCUGGUGCUGGUGUCCUUUCGCUCUACGACAAGGCUCAGGAACUCAUGUUCGGCAAGGUCUACUCUGGUGGAUCUGGUUAAACUGCUUUUUGAAUUCGGGAGUGAGGGUGUCGGAUGUGAUAGACGUUAUAGAUUUACGUGGCUUUCCUCCAGGCCAACGGUUAUACCAUCUGGGUUAUGUCGCUUGCAUAGACUUAUUGCUAUGCUCUUUAUAUCUUUACUUUAUCAUCAGCCGUAUUUUGAUUGGAGGAAUAAAAAAUUAGACAACCCACUUGUGU